CAUACGAUGACUAGACGAACUGAAGUGUAGACUUUAACCGAAUAUUGUCAAAAAAUUAAGAGUAUGCAUGGACCAUAAAUGAUCAAGUUGUUAUGAUGUCAUAUUUCACGGUAAUAGUAAAAUUUCCGUUUAAUUGUGAGUGAUAAUAAAGGUUAUUACAGGCUUGGUUGGAAUUGUUAAUACCCGGAACAAAUCAGAAACCAGUUGACAAAAAUAGCGUACACAAUAUGUUCAUACUAAAAUACAUAUGUGUUUUUUGCGCUGCCAUUACAUUAGUGCAUUGUAUUUUAGAUGAUAAAGUCAAAGACAACACUAAAAACGUGAGCAUGACAACAAACCUCAACAAUUAUGCAUACAAAAAGAUGAAUCGAAGAGCAGUGUUGAUAAUUGACAGUGAUAAUGCACUGAGAAAUCGUGAUUCAAAACGGAAGAAUGUGGAAAGUCUGCGAUACGAGGAGUACGACGAAGACGGCAAGAAGUUAAAUGAAUUCAUGAUGUAUAAUCUCGAAGAUGUGUCCCGUUUUUUUAAAGCGUAUCUCGGCACUGAGAUAUGCCAUGUGAAAUGCGAAGAGUAG